CUCGUAAGUGGCGGUAGUGUCGUUUUCGGUUACGGGCUCUGGCCUAUUUCUGGACUGAGUGUUUCUCCGAUUCCGAGGGAUACCCGAACGCGUUCGUCAGGGAAUUCGGGACCCCUGAGCGUUUCAAGCAAUUUUCGGCGAGGCGGUAAUGGCCUGAUGUUACGCCGCCCCCGCCCCUCGUAGGCCCGGCGCUAUGCUAUCGACUGGACUGACCUAUGGGGCCGCUCCCGGUGCCGUAACCGCCUCCACGCCCCCGUAUUCGCCGCCACCGUCUGGCAGGCACAGUCCGCUACAGAGUUUCGGGUUCACGCAGGAACAGGUCGCCUGUGUCUGCGAGGUCCUUCAGCAAUCUGGCAACGUCGAAAGGUUGGGUAGGUUUUUGUGGUCUCUGCCGGCCUGUGACAAACUGCACAACAACGAAUCCGUACUAAAGGCCAAGUCGAUAGUCGCGUUCCACAGGGGUAACUUUAAAGAGUUGUACCGAAUACUGGAGACGCAUCAGUUCAGUCCGCAUAACCACGCGAAACUGCAAACCCUGUGGCUCAAAGCUCACUACAUCGAAGCGGAACGGCUUAGAGGAAGACCUCUCGGUGCGGUCGGCAAAUAUAGGGUGAGACGAAAAUUUCCGCUGCCGAGGACGAUAUGGGACGGCGAAGAGACGAGUUACUGUUUCAAGGAAAAGUCCAGGAGCGUCCUGAGGGAUUGGUACUCGCACAACCCCUAUCCGAGCCCGAGGGAAAAGCGGGAACUCGCGGAAGCGACUGGACUCACCACCACGCAGGUGUCCAACUGGUUUAAGAAUCGGAGACAGAGAGAUCGGGCAGCCGAACAUAAAGACAGCAAUCAAACGAGUUCAGAUAAGCAUCACAUGGAAUCGAGCGGGUCGGAGAGCGAGGGCGAGGGCCACAAAAUCUCCUCUUACAACCCGACCGACAUCGUAGGCCCGAAUCAGCUGAAUUCCUACCCGAUGUUGAGCGCGAGCGGCAUCGGUCAACACAUGACGUAUCAGCCGUCGUCGGCCAUCCUCCACGACUACCAGACCUUGUGACAGUGGCUGACGGUGCCGCCGGACAAUAUCAAACAAUUGCAGCCUGUAAAUAACUUUAGUUUCUAUUGAGGAUUUGGAAUAAAGUGUUAUCGUUUUAUUAUUGAUAGCGGCGCGCGUUCGUUUUUUUUUUGUUGAAUCUUGAUAAUAUAUACGUUGCGAAAAGUACUCGUGUAAACUUUAAAA